AUGAAGAAUGGACCACUGCUGAUUCCACCCCAAAUUCAGCGGUUAGUUUAUCUUCGGCCCGAUCUUCAGCGGCAACUACCAGUCGGAUGGCGAGGAAAGUCAGCAACGAGACUUGCUUCCGGAAGUCAGCUCACGAAGAAAUGCCUCUAUGCCAGACUGUUUUUGACAUCUGAGUUCAUCGAAGGGAAAGCUUGGCCCACGAUAGUACGGAAGGCCUCGUCGGUGCUCAUCAGCAGUUUGUUUGAGUGGCGAGCGCGUUUCUAUCGGUUCCGUCAUGACGAUGUCAACUUGACCAAGUUCCCGGACGUUUUCCUGGCAUGCCUGAAGCCAUGUGUUCAUGAUUCCAAUGGAGGCAUCGCUAACGACGCCCUCACCGUGGGCCAGUUUCUGGAUGAGGGGCCGGAGAAAAAUCGUAAAAAAAUGAGCCGGGAGCUGGAAUCGAAACUCCAAGAGCAGAAGAGCAAGCUGAAGGAAGAGAUGCGCGACAAGGAGGAAAGGCUGCGAAUGGUUUAGGAAAUCAUUAGCACCCCGGUUGGGAAAGUGGGUCGUUCCAACAGCGUUGCCGAAUUGGUCACACCGGUUACUAGCCGGAUUACUUCAACGAAUGCCAAUGGAGUCCUCUACACUCCAAGAACGACGAGAGGCGUAGCAGUGGCCAAUCCCCGUCAUCGGAGGUCUCGCUUCACGGGCGAACUUUGGCUGGAACACCGUGCUGCAAAUCCAGUGCCACUGGGAACGAUUCUACGUCCCUACUUCACCAAACGGAAGUCGGUUACCAAACUGAGCGAGGUUCGGGACGUUACCCACGCGAAAGCCUCCAAGUACUGCCUCAUUUACCAGGAGGCUGAUACCGAGGGGGAAGUCGGGACAAAGAUUUUCAAGGGUGACGUGAUUCCGACAACUACCGGCCAGAAAUUUGUUUCGCCAACCACUGGACAUAUUUUUACAACAGAAAAAUAAAAAUACCUCUACUGGAAUCACUCCGAGAUACGAAAAUUGACCACGUACAUAAUUCGCCCAAUUUAGUCGGAUGAUUCUAUACUAAGCGGUCAAUCAAUCCGGCUAUUUAGUUGGAUUGGAUAGGGUUUUAGGAAAACAAUCGAUUUUGGAGGUCAAUCAAUUCGGCUAUUUUGUCGGAUUGAGUUGGGUGGUAUGGUAGGGAGAAAAAUCAAUUUUUGCAGUCAAUCAAUCCGGCUAUUUAGUACGAUUUGGUAGGGUGGUAGAAAAACAAUCGAUUCUUGUGGUCAAUCAAUUCAGCUAUUCAGUCGGAUUGAGUUGGAUGGUGCGAAGAAAAAUCAAUUGGUACACUAAUUAAUAUUGCUAUUAAAUAUGGCUACGUAGGUUUAUUUAACUAGAUCAUGUAACUAAUAAACCUAUUUAGUCGGGUGGUCAAUACUAAAUAGCUCGUUUGAUACCCCUAUU